AUGGGAGCCGCACAGAGUGGUGCUGAUCAAGCUGCUCCAGAAGUUGUGAGAAUUGAAAGAAGUGAAAUUCCGGAGGAAUACAAGUACUGUUUAAGUUUUAAAUCGUUGUUGUUAUUUUUCUAUUUUCAGAAAUGUCGGAGUUUCUUCGGAUGUCGUCAAACGUGUAAAUGCAACAAAAACUUCAUCAGGAAACACGUCUUCAGCUUCAAAUGAUGCUGAAAAUGAAAGAUUGAAAAGAGAAUUGCAAAAAGAACGCGAUGAAAAAGCUAGACUUCGUGAAGAUAUGGCAAAGCUUUCUCAAUUGCAACAAAGAAAAGUAAGUUGAUUCAAAAUAUUUCAUUUUCGACGUUCUUUAUCAAUUUUCAGGAUCACGGUACUGUUUUACCGCCAUCGGCAACAGGUGGAAUUGGUUCAGAUUUGGAAGAAAGAAAGAAAGUUUUUGAUGAAACUGUAGAACGUGUCCAAAAAAGAUUUUUCGAUUAUCAUCGAGAAAAUGUUUGUCAAGACAAUGAAAAUGUAAGUUUUCUUUUUACAAAUUUCACGUUUUCAAUCCAUUUUUUCCCAGGAAAUCGUUAAAUGUUUGCAAUCCAAUCAAGGUCGCGUUUUGAAGUGUGCUCCAUUAACCGAGGUGAAUUUUUUUUGACAAGUCUUUUAUGGAAUUUCAAUUUUCAGGCAUAUGAAAAAUGUGUUGGUCAAUUCAGACAACAAGUCCUCAAGGGAAACUGA